AUGACUAACUUUUUACGUGUUGUGAAAGCCGUUACUCCAUUCAUUCCCGCGGAAGUUUUCUCAGACGAGUUGAAGGGAAAUGUUGGAAAAAAUUCAGAAGAAGAACUGAGUCUUUCUUAUUCACUAAGUGAUAUAUGGGAAGCGUUUAUUGAGUGGAGUUGUUAUGGAAGAGGAGUGCCAACAUUGUUGAAUGAAGAACUAGUUACUCAAUACUAUGUUCCAUCCCUAUCCGCCAUACAACUAUACAUCGAUCCAUUUCUUAGUGAUGCAAAUGGUUCUUGGAAUUUGUCGAAGAUUACUGGGAUCUCAUUAGAUAAGUCUAUAGAUGACUCUAAUUCGAAUGGGAAGCUUUUAUAUGAAUUUUUUGAAACUGAAGUACCAUAUAAAAGAAUGUCUUUAACUGAUAAGGCUUUAUCUCUUGCAUCCACAUUUCCAGAGCUUAAUACAAUGAAAAGUUGUGAUCUAUUAUCAACAAGCUGGAUUUCUGUGGCAUGGUAUCCAAUUUAUAGAAAUUCAAUGGCAUCAACAUUUAAGGAACUUGAUGCAUGUUUCUUGACAUAUCACUCAUUGUCCACACAUUCUACAAGAUAUCCUCAUAUAAAAGUUAAUGGUGGUAAGAAGGAUGGGAAGCCUAUUAAUGGUGCACAAGAUAAAAAACCAAUGAUUCCAUUACCAGUGUUUGGACUCACUUGCUACAAGUAUAAGGGUUCUCUUUUGUGUCCCAACAAAGAUCAUGAAUGCGAGAAGGAAAACUCUCUUCUACAAGCUGCCGAAGACUGGAUUCGUGACCGAAAGGUUCUUCAUCAUGAUUAUGAGUUCUUUCGAUCCCACCAGUGGAUGUGA